AUGUUAGAAUUCGGUGGAGCUCCCGGCCAGUGGGCUCGCUACGGCCGCUGGGAAGCCGGAUCGGUCGGGGAGUUGAGUUUUAGCGUCAAAACCAACGUUAGCAAAGCCCUGGUCCUCUACCUUGACGACGGAGGCAACUGCGACUUCCUGGAGUUGCUAAUCGCUAACGGGCGCCUCCAACUCCGCUUCGCCAUCCACUGUGCCGAGCCCGCCACUCUGCACAUGGAAACCCGCAUCAACGACGACCGCUGGCACAUGGUUCUGCUCACCCGGAACUUCAGGGAGACUCUUCUGAUGGUGGACGGAGAGACCAAAGUGGCGGAGGUGAAGUCCAAGAGGAAGGAGAUGGCGGUGGUCAGCGAUCUGUUCGUAGGUGGGAUCCCACCGGACGUACGCCUCUCCGCCCUCACCUCCAGUACGGUGAAGUACGAGCCACCGUUCCUUGGCCUCAUAUCCAACCUGAAAGUCGGGGAGAUACCGCCUACUUUGCUCAACAGUAAUGGAAUCCAGAGCGACCUGGAAUAUCUUUGCACCAAACAAAACCCAUGCUUUAAUGGAGGGUUUUGCUCCAUCCAGUUUGGGGAGGUUCAAUGCGACUGCACCCACACUCGCUUCAAGGGGAAGUACUGCAAAGAAGAUUACCGAGGCGGCUGGGAGGAGAUAGUGCCACCAGGCUCCGGGCCAAGAACCAGAGCCGAGAACCAGAGCCGAGAACCAGAGCCGAAUACCAAUGCGAUGAUUGAGUGA